GUGGAGGAGAGGAGGGGGCGUGGCAGGGACCACGCCCACCACACUUCCCCUGCCGGCCAGACCUGCGUGUGUGUGUGCCUCACCUCACCUCGCCACCACCUGCCCGCCUCCCUCACUCCUUCAGCAGACUCCGCCACGCCAGACACGCCCUCCUGCUCCCUCCGUCGCCAGCUCUCACACACCUUUGGGCGACUCAUCUGCCUCUGCUGACGCCACCUCCGGACCUCCCUUCCACCUUCGGGAUGCGGUCUGCUGUCGUUGCUGUGCUGGUCCUGCUAGCCGUCUGCUGGUCGCCCGCGGCAGGCAGAGGCCACAUCUUUAGCAACACACGGUUCCGUCCUGAGGCUGGACCGAACUGGGGGUACGGAGGUUUCGGCCAGCAUUACCAGGGCGAGCGCAUCAUGUCGCCCCGAGAGCAGCUGCUGGAGGCGCUGCUCGGGGGCGAGGAGCUACUGGAGGAGCAGCUGUGUGAGGGCCGCCGCUGCACCGCUAAUGAACAGUGCUGUAGCGGCCACCUGUGUGUGGAGUUUGACGGAGCCUCCGGUACGUGCAUGUCAGCAGCGGCCCAGCGUGAGGGGUCCGAAUGCGUGGGUGACUCAGAGUGCGGCGCUGGAAUGUACUGCGAUCUUGGUGCCUGCGUGCCGUUCCAGGGCAAGAAACGCUACAAUGAGCCCUGCAGUCUAAGCUCUGAGUGCGAAAUCGAGCGUGGCCUCUGCUGUCAGCUUGUUCGACGUCACCGCCAGGCCCCCAAAACACUGUGUGGGUACUUCAAGGAUCCCAUGAUCUGUCUCGGCCACGUCAACACGGACCAGGUAAAGCAGGCGGAGGACAAACACUAAGGACGGUGUGGGCUGUGUGUUCGUCCGUACGUACAUCUGUUCAACACGUGGUUCAGCACACAAAGGGAGAGAAGAGGCUAACAGAAAGGAUCUACGAGUACUUGAAGGUGUAAGAAGAGGAUGAGACUGUUACAUCUUUCACUGAGGAAUUCUGAAGCGUUAUCCAAGAAGAGAGAGAGAGAGUGUGUGUGUGUGUGUGUGAGUGAAGAGAAUAUAUAUUGUUAUGUAUGAGAUAUUUUAAAGAAACAAUAUUGAUACCUUAUCUUUUAGUUUAAUGAGGUUAAUUUCUUUAUAUUAAAUGUAAGUCAUGAGGUAUUUGAAAUUAUCAAUAUUAUUAAUCUUGUCUUUUCUGUUCUUUCUCUCUCUCUCUCUCUCUCUCUCUCUCUCUCUCUCUCUCUCUCUCUCUCUCUCUCUCUCUCUCUCUCUCUCUCUCGCCAUCUUCCGCCUCUUUCCCUAUCCAUCAAUAUCAAUAUAGGUACUAAAUCAUCUAUUCAUUUUUUCUCUCCUAUGAAUUUAUUCAAUAGUCAUUCCCUUGAUUACAUACUGUAGUACCUUAGUUUCUUGCUUGUUGCAAUAGAAAUUAUAAAAAUACUAUAAUUACAUUUUCCACUUCUUCCAUUACUUCUACUGUUACUACUACUACUACUACUACUACUACUACUACUACUACUACUACUACUACUACUACUACUACUACUACUACUACUACUACUACUACUACUACUACUACUACUACUACUACUACUACUACUACUACUACUACUACUACUGUUACUACUACUACUACUACUACUACUACUACUACUACUACUUCUAGAGACGCAAAGGGAAAUUCAGGAGGUUUUAAAAGAAUACUUGAAUGAGAUGGAUGAAUGAAUGAUUUGAAUGAAGGAUAUACGGAUGUAUGAAUGGAUAGAUGGAUGGACGGCGCCACUACAUCAGGAUCAUAAUGUGGUACAGGAGGUGAGUCACCCACAAUCUCUUCAACACCUAAUGCGAUGACGCUUGAGGAUUCCCGUGUGUCGCACCUGCUUCCUCCAACAUCACCAAGACAGAGUGAAAAAAUAUAAAAAAAAGUAAAGAAAACAGAGAGAGAGAGAGAGAGAGAGAGAGAGAGAGAGAGAGAGAGAGAGAGAGAGAGAGAGAGCAAGAUAAGACAUAUCUUAGCUUUCCAGUGACUUCUUAAGGUUUCCUCUGAAUGGAUAUUAUUACCACUCUAGCGUACCUAGAUCUCUAUUUUGUCCGUGAUGUUGUACUACGUAUUAACUAACAAGAAGUCAUCAGUUUAGCAGUGCAUACGUAUAUCCGUAUAUACAUAUAAUAUCAAGUUGAUGUAUUAGGAGUUUAUGGAGAGCAUGAUGAGUGUCGAUAUGUGUAGGUAGGUAUAGCGUGGCAGGAUUGGUAUAGGACGUGGAAAACAUAAUACUAAUACUAAUAAUACUAAUACUAAUAAUACUACUUGGCAGUGUCCAUUAUCAUUAUUUAAGGCGCUCCUGUUUAUGUGUACGAGGUUUUAUGAGCCAGCGAGAGAGGAUCCAACACCGCAAUCCCAUGCCAGUCAAACGCCCCAUCAUACUAGUGUCUAUAGCCUCGACCCCCUGUCCUCGGCGCCAAGCCUCUGAGAAAGACGAUCUGAUUCCUUUAAAAGCAAUGUCUUCGUUCCCUUAUGAUUGCAUGGGUUUGGCUGCUGGUUCCUUGAGUUUACGUGUGAGUGUCUGAGAGCGGGUGUGUGUGUGUGUGUGUGUGUGUGUGUGUGUGUGUGUGUGUGUGUGUGUGUGUGUGUGUGUGUGUGUGUGUGUGUGUGUGUGUGUGUGUGUGUGUGUGUGUGUGUGUGUGUGUAUGUGUGUAUCACUAUAAUUAAUCAUUCUUCUGAUGAUCAUCGGAGCAGCCGUUUAUUUAUCUAUCCCUCGAUGUCUCAAGGUUGUAGAGAAUCAAUAAGAUACAUUAGCAUAUAAGUAUUAACGCAGGCAUGGUGUUUUCAUGUGUACCUGUGUACGUGUGUGUGUGUGUGCGUGUGUAGUGUGUGCGACGUUCUUCACCACCCGUACCCACCAUCCCUCCCACCCCGGCGUCACCAGCAGGGGUAGAGGGAUGUGUUCCCUCCCCUGGGCUUCUCCUCCCCCUCCCAACAUCCGAUGUUUACCUGUCCUCACUCCCUCACUCGCCUCUUUCCCCUUCCCAUACAUCCUGGUGGGGGAGGCGCAGCCCUGACCAUGAGGAAAACCGCCCUGGAACUCAGCCCCGCGCGGCUCUGUUCUACCGCGGUUGAGGAUUAGAAUACUUGUCCAGUUUAGGCAGAUGAUGCACCAAUAAAAUUUAAGUUGAAUCUUAA